GCUGUUAAUGCAGGCGCGUUUUGCAGGUCCGAGCAAGAGAAGAAAUACUUGCAUGCAGCUUUUUUACUGAUGCUCAAAUUUCGCUUUUCUUAGAGAUCUAGUAGCUAGGAGUAUUCGCGGAGAUGGUGAGAGUGGUCUGGCAAGCGAAAGGGACGAAAAUAAACAACAGGUGUUUUCUCUGUUUACAUUCACUGUGGGUUACCAUCAAGUCAGCGAACAUUGUCGUUUCGAAAUAGCGUGUGUGUUUGUGAAUUGUGUAGCUGAUGUUUUUGGUACUCCGGCUGGACUUACAACUAAACACGUGGUGAAUUGCGGUCGACGCUCACGAGACCGCUCUAUUUUGUGUAGACAAGUAGUCUUCUUUGAGCGCAGGCUGUUCUUACAUAAGAAGAGUGAUGUCAUUCCGCGGAGGUAGAGGUGGUCGUGGAAGUGGAGGCAAUGGAGGAUUUGGGGGCCGCGGUGGAGGAUUUGGUGGCCGUGGUGGCGGUGGCGGACGAGGCGGUGGCCGUGGUGGUUUCGGAGGUAGGCCAAGUUUCCAACAGGACAUGGGCCCACCAGAGGAGGUUGUGCCACUUGGCUUUUUCCAGAACACAGCUCAGAAAGAUAUCGUUGUCAAAGUGACGAUGGGAGACAAAGUCCCAUACUUUAAUGCGCCUGUCUAUCUCGAGAACAAAGAGAAGAUCGGUAUUAUCGAUGAGAUUCUUGGUAAUGUCAAAGAUUACUGGGUGUCGGUCAAGCUAAACGACGACGUAAAAGCUAAUUCGUUCAAAGAUAAAGAGAACUUUUACAUCGAUCCAGCCAAGUUACUGCCUCUCGAAAGAUUCCUUCCAGGCGCACCGCAACAGCGUGGCGGCAGUGGCCGAGGAGGCCGUGGUGGAGGCCGCGGGGGCGGUGGAAGAGGUGGCUUUGAUAGGGGUGGCCGAGGAGGUCGAGGAGGUGGUUUCGGAGGUCGCGGAGGCGGUUUUGGAGGCCGCGGUGGUGGUUCUGGAGGUCGCGGAGGCAGUUUCGGAGGUCGCGGAGGCAGUUUCGGAGGUCGCGGGGGUGGCGGUCGAGGUGGGUUCGGAGGUCGUGGAGGUGGACGAGGAGGACGCGGAGGGUACUAGGCGACAUAAAGAGAAACACGAGGAGGCAAAAUGGAAUAAAGAAAAAUGCGAAGAGAGAGACGACGGAAGCAAAGCCAACAAUACAGAACAUUACUGCUGGCGUUCAGUUGGAAGUACUGCGUUUAAUGAGCAUUUGUGCUCUUUAGGGAUACUUGUGUAAUGUGCGAGUAAGCGUCAUGUAUAGGGGGCGGGAAAAACCGAUAAAUAUGAUGAAACAAGAAAUAGUAAUAAUAAGGUUAAGCGAAAAAAAUGUUAUCAUGUAUAUAUAACAAAUCCAUUAAGCAAUCCUCACUAUGAAAAUACGUUGAAAAAUAAAUGUAUAUGUGCUGCUUAGAAGCGUA